UGGUGAUGUACACGGUUGCAGACCAAUAGGCGACUGCCGUGUGUCUAGCGGGACGAGGCAGGACUUCUGGGCGGAAGCGGCCGGUCGAAGAGGUUGAUGGUUUUGUCCUGAAUGACGAGUUCCCUAAGUUAAUCAUUCUCCAGAAAGCAGCUGUAAACAGAACGGAGAAGAAAAGAGAAGAUCAACAAAGCUGUAGCUCUGCAAAAUACUCCAGGAUGUGAAUUCUGAUGAGAGUCCAGCCUCCUGUUCAGACACCCUUAUAGCUGCUGUUUUACUUUUCCUCGUUCAAAACUGCUCUUUUGUUCUAACUUUUAUUUACAAGCAUUUACUAUUUUUUUAAAUCUUUUAUUACAACUAUUCACUACAGCUGUGAGCUGAAUUUUUAAAAAGCAGGACAAAUCCUUCUAUCAACAGGAUUUUUCUUUUUUUCUUUCUUGGAGAUAUUACUCUGAAUUUACCAUGGUGAAUAAGGGUUACAGUUACUACCGAACAGUGAUAUUUACUGCCAUGUUUGUUGGCUACACCCUGUACUAUUUCAAUAGAAAAACAUUUUCAUUUGUAAUGCCCUCAAUCAUGGAGGAAAUAGAAUUGGACAAAGAUGACUUGGGUCUUAUCACUAGCAGCCAGUCUGCAGCCUAUGCUAUCAGUAAAUUUAUCAGUGGAGUCCUCUCUGAUCAAAUGAGUGCCCGCUGGCUCUUCUCAUCUGGCCUUCUACUGGUGGGCAUAGUCAAUGUUGUCUUUUCUUGGAGCUCUACUGUUACAGUCUUUUCAGGGCUGUGGUUCCUGAAUGGGCUGGCACAAGGACUGGGGUGGCCACCAUGUGGGAAGGUACUGCGCAAAUGGUUUGAGCCUUCCCAGUUUGGGACGUGGUGGGCAAUUCUCUCCACCAGCAUGAAUCUGGCUGGCGGCUUGGGCCCCAUUGUUGCUGCUCUGAUGGCUCUGCGCUACGACUGGCGCACAACUCUGUCCAUCUCUGGCUUCAUCUGCGUGGCUGCCUCCUUUGUUUGUCUUGUCCUCAUUAAAAAUGAACCCUCAGACGUUGGGCUACCAAACAUUGAACCAGGAACCAUGAAAGGGAAAAAAGGCUCAUCCAGAGAUGACAGCACCCUGGCAGAGCUGCUACUCUCGCCAUAUCUGUGGGUACUCUCGACUGGCUACCUAGUUGUCUUUGGAGUGAAGACAUGCUGUACGGACUGGGGUCAGCUAUUCCUGAUUCAGGAAAGAGGACAGUCUGCUCUUGUGGCUGUGGAUACUGAUUCUAGGAGCAUCUUGGGGUUUCUUCUAUGGACCAAUUGCAUUGUUUGGAGUGAUAGCAAUGAUGUGCGCACCUUCCAACCUGUGUGGCACCUCCCAUGCUAUUGUUGCACUACUGGCCAAUGUUGGUGGUUUCCUGGCAGGACUGCCUUUCAGUACUAUAGCAAGUACUACAGCUGGGCACACGCCUUCUGGGUAGCUGAAAUAACAUGUGUCAUCAGCACCAUAGCCUUUUUCUUGUUACGGAACAUCCGCACCAAGAUGGGUCGGGUACCCAAGAAGAUUGACUAAGAUGAGCUACAACGGUAGUAAGGAUGCUCCAGAUGCUUAUCUAGGAUGGCAAAUGACUACGCACUGGCCUGGUAUGAGUUUCCUACCAAUGCUGCCUAGAGCAGAAUAUUUCAUCAAAACUUCAUUUAAUUUUAGUCAUAUUCCUGUUUAGAAAGGCACAAGAUCUUCAUUGGCUGUUAUGUUUAAUGCCUACACAAUUUGUGGUUGUUCAGUUAUAGUUUACAUCUCAUGACCUCACUUUACCUCUUACUUAAGUACUGGUAGGUCUUGAUAGCUAAGCUAGAAGUACUGCAGAAGACUAGUACCUGCCUAGCCUUCUUGCUGCUGGCCUCAGAUGUAGGUUACUCUCAAUUCACCUUCAUGCUUACAGAAAUAUUACAGUUAGCCACCACUGAAUCAAUUUUCAUUUACCCUCACUUGCUGCUGUAGGUGCAGCUGUGACCCAGCUUACUCUGCCAUGAGCUACCCUGCUGUGCCUCCCUCCCCAGAAGCAGAGACCGCUAGCCUAUUACUAAAGAAAAACACUGCUUCCCCAGCUAUUGUCAGAGACUGUAACAGUUACUGGUCCACAUAUUACUGCAGAUCCCUGCACUGCAGCAAAAUGGCUCCCUUUUCAGUAAUGGCAAAUGAGUAAAGUCCUUGGAACUCCAUUCAAGAGAUGGAAGUACUGUACAACCAAUUACUUUUUUCUUGUUAAAUUAGUCACCGUGGCUUACUCAGAGUAUUAGUGAACUGCAAAACAGAUGGUUACCAGCAAACAGAAUAGUACUUCUUGGAGUACCAAGGAAAUUGAUUCAAGCAUGUAUGCAGUAACAGCAUUAUAGACGCAGACAUACUUUGUACAGCUCCUCUCUUUAUGCAUUAUCUAGAAAAGUCUUUAAAUUGAGAUUAUCAUUAGUUUGUAGAUUUGUAUAUGUAACAAUUAAGGAUAUUGUCAGGUGAAAGUGUAAAUUUCUAAGGCUCCAGUUCGCUCACCCAGGUACAGCAUUUUAGGUUAAACUACAGACAUAGGGGCUGCUUACUAUAUGAAUGCUUGUUAGCAGGACCAUUGCUCCAUUGGCAGUAAAUAUGUCUCAUGUUACCAGACUUUUCUUCUCAAGAUUUUUGUGUAUGUUCUCUGCAGGGUUUUAGUAUUUAGAAUGCCUGUAGAUAAGCAAGAAGUGCCAGCGGUCACCACUGUAAAGCUACUUUGACAUAAGAUUGUUCUGUCAAUCCUAACAAAAUGGCUAAAUAUUGUAUAAAGUAAACUACAUUUGAUACUUAAGCAUGAGUAUUAAGAAAUACUGUUUACCAACGGGGAAAUAAAAUGGAGCACUGCAA